CCAUUACGCUCGAUAAUAAUUGGCCUUGCUCGCUUUUGCUCGUGCUAAAACAUUUCUCUUUCCACUUUCUUCCCAUUGGUAGCCCCCCACCCCAAUCCAUAGCCCUGUCUGGUCUCCUUCUCACCUCCAUCCUACCAUGAAACAAUCAGCUCUGCUCAUUUGAAAGGGGAAAAUAUAUGUGCUCCGACCGCCGCCUCGGGCGAUUCCAGCAGCCACGCACGCACAUCAUCGUGACCUUCGAGGUCGAACAGAGCUCCCCCUCGCCCUAACCUUGAGCGGCGGCAGCCACGAUGAAGUUCGGCGACAACUUCUAUCAGAGGUCGGUCCCCGAAUGGGCUCCAUACAACUUCAACUACAAUGGCAUGAAGCAGCUCAUCAAACAACGGACGUCCGCCAAUCUGACCGGCCCUGUUGAAAUCCCCGUGCAAGGCAGAAGUCGAUGGGAAGAAACAGACAAGGUCUUGCUGGAUUACUUGCGAGACCAGUAUGACAACGUCACGCUGUUCCUGCGGAUGAAGCGGGGAGAAAUUGACCGCAGACUCAGCUCGCUCAAGAAGCAGAUCUCAAUCCUCCGGACAUUUGCCGACGAGAGGGCUCUGGAAGUCAAUGCUGUCGCUGGUGUUCGGGGUCGCAAGUAUCGAAGACUCACCCAGGAAUGCGAAGAGCUCGGGGAUCUUAUUCAAAAGGUCGCCCGCUUCGCCUCUGCACAGAAGAUCGCUUUCCGCAAAAUCCUUAAGAAGUAUACGAAAUGGACAGGGUCAACCACAUUGCAAACGCGCAUGGAUGUUGAGGUCUUCUCUUCCAACCAGCUGCAGACUGACUACUCGGAUUAUCUUCAAGAAUUGGCCGAACAGACAGCCAUACUGACCGAAAAACUGGCCACUUCAACGCUUCCAAGACAUCACCAAGAAUCACCACCCAGUCAACAGCAGAAUAGAACUCCUGUAUCCGCUCUGCGGUCUCCUAUCGUCAAAAUAAACAAUGCCCUCAGCCAAGCCCCGUCGGCCUUUGAUGCCGCCGUCAUGACAGUCCCAUAUGGCGAGGCCGCCGGCAGUGCCUUCUAUUGGAUUCACCCAGACAACCUCGAUGAGGCCCGUGCUCUCAUCCAGAGACACAUGAAGAAGGAUGACUCCGCUGCUCCUACUCCGUCACGGAGGGACUCCGAGGGGUCACUGAUACCACGGAGAAACACAUCUUUCAGUGCCUCCAAUAGUACUCUCACUUACAUGGUCUUCCUUGACAAUGCGCAGCGAUUUGUCAAAGAUCAAAGUUCUGUGAGACCCUCAAGGAUCGCCGUGAGUGCGUAUUGGACGUUCGACAAGGACGCCGCGGUGACGCUGGCCGGGCUCUCACCUAAUUCUUCCGGGGAAAAGGCCCUUCUCCUCGACCGCGAAGACCUCGGUAUUGCCUUGGAUCGGGAUUCGCGUCUGACAGGUGGUUCCAAAGAAACCACCACCGUUCAGCGAUAUCUCGUCGAGCACAGGGAUGUCAAACCCUUGGCCGAAGUGCAAACCUACCGGACGCGUUACUCUGGUAUGACCAACACGGCCGAUGUCUCGAAUUGGGCGACUCUCGACACCUCGAUCACUUUUGGCGCUGUGGACAUGCAGCACCUCGGGGAAUUGCAACCAUUGCCCCAAACCAGUCACACCUUCCCCCAUGCUACCUUACACAUCCGCUGGGAAUUUGCACGGACACCGGCCGUAGUUCGCGCGCUGGACGACUCGCAUUUGGCAUACCGAGUUUACGAUUUUACUCUCGAAGACAUGGCUGUUCGCACCGUCCAGAAAGACCUCCCUCCGUCACCUUGGCAAUCACUGCUGGAAAAGGACAUUACCAAGCUGCCCCUUCCCACUAUUGGUGAGGCCAGCCACUACUUCCGGCUCAAGACCACGAAUCGACUCAGGGUCAGUGCAAAUGAUAUGAGUGGAACGUCCUCGGGCCCAUCCUCUAGUGAAGGCCGUGCAGACAGUCUCUUCUCUACCGCUACACAUGGACAGUCCUCCAUCACAUCCAAUGAAGCUCGAGCCACCGAGGCCGUCACUUCUCCUGCCGAGUUAAAAUCUCCGUCCAGCAAAAAAGGACGGAAGCGAGCACGGAUUGUGGUGCCUGAGCCGCGUCCGUCUCGAAUGAGAUACUGGAACGAGUUUGACGAUGGCGACUCCGAUGUCAAUCCUCAGGAGUCUUACGCAAUCUACGUUGAUCCAAACGAGCCUCUUUUCCCCGGGAUGUCCAAAGCGUGGGGAAGCCUGAAGUCGUGGUGGCCGCUGAAGUCUCUAACUGGAGGGAACAAGCCCGCAAGCGAGACAACGCCAUUGCUGUAUGAUGAAGAGACUGCUUCCAUCGAGUCAUCCGACUCGGACUCGCUAUUGAUAGUGCACGAGGGGCAACUGCGCCGGAGUUUUGUUUGGGGGUUGAUCGGCGGCUUGAGUGUCGCCUUUGUCAUCGGCUUUGCUCUGGUCCUGUUUAUAUGUUUGCAAGAAUGAAGGGUGUUCACGGCCAAGAUGGGACGGGUCAUUCUCAUCGUGUUUCUGUGCGGCUUGAGCGGGGGCGUCGGAUGGUUGUCGAGGGGCUUUGCGUCUAGCCUCCUUGCUCUGUUUGUUUUUUUGCCGCGGCCGUACAUUUGCUUUCAUAAUGAAAUACGUGCUAUACACAACCUGCACUACGGACCUAAAUCGUGCGUAAGAAUACGCAUUGAGGCCUCGCAAAGCCUUGAUCGAUGCCCUCAGCCAGGGUGGAAUCGCCGAUGGACCGGAUUGACUUUGGGCUAGAGGGAACAUGGUAAGAGAGGCAGUGAGAGGGCACGCGAGCACACUUCCCUGGACGAGUCCUUCACUGCUUCUUGCAGCAUUGGUGGCAUUCUUAGGCCGUGGGCCCCAAAGCUGGUGGGCUAGACACGGGUUUAACGCCGCGCUACCGAGCACCUACUUUCAACUACAUGGACGGAACAAAUUGCCAGGCUGCGGCGAAGCGACACUGUCACGAGCAUCGACUCUCUUUCUCUGCCCUCAAUGCCGGCUCCGCAGGGUGUUGCGAGGGGUCUGGACCAACAUAAUAGCUGGACAGUAACAUAACACUAGGCAUUCCUCCGUCAACCUUUGGCCCAACCGCGGAACAUGCCGCAAGCUAAUGCGGAUGGUCGAGUAAGGAGGAUUCUGACACUGGGUAGUUGAAGUAUUGCUUCUGCCUUUGCC